GACUGUGUCCUUUUCUAGUACUUGUGCAGUUUUAUCUUUAUCUUUUUUCAAAAAGUGGUUACCGCAGUCUAAGCGAUCCUUUCGAAAGUUUAUAUAUCUGCACGUUGGCAGUAGCUAUUUUUACUCAAAAAUGUCUAAAGGAAAAAUAAAAACAUAACCUAUAUUUUUUGUCAGAUCUAAAAAUGGAUAAGUAUGUUUUGGUAGAAUAUUUGAGCAGUAUAAAAACAGCAAUAUGUGAGACGUUUAAACAUACCCAGAGGAUUAAGCUCACUAGUUUUGAUGUUUCGAACCACUAUAUCAUUUUGGGGACGAACAGUGGAGGUAUUUAUAUUUUCAAACGAACACCAUGUGAAUUUCUUAGGCUGAUCCCAAGCAAAGAAGGCUCUACAGUCCACGUAAAAAUAUCUCCUGAUGAGAAAAAUUUGGGCGUAGCCUCUGCCAGGGGCCUUGUGAUAAUUUUAGAAAACUUUUUUGCCGACUUAAAUGUAAGGCCUCUUCUGUUUACCGAACACGAGGGCCAUGCAAUAUCUGUGAUGAAAUGGCAUGGCAAUAGCGUAUACACUGGUGACAAUAAUGGAAAAAUAGCUGUAUGCUCUGUCCAUGCAAAAUUGACAAAAGCAAUAUUCCAAACCCCAUCUUCAACUCUGAUGAGCCUCGAUUCAAGCAUCGUUCAAAUAGACACUUACAAAAACUAUUUAUUAAUCUCCACCAAAACACGUACUUACCUAUGUGAUACCGAAAAGGAACAGUACAAACAAAUAGGCAAAAAGCUGAGGGACGGCAAUUUUGGCGCGUGUUUUUCCCAGACCGACUUUUCCGAUCACUUCGACAGAUGCGAAGGUGUCAGGAAAGCCUUCAAAACCAUCGAAGGGGAAGAUAGUUUUAGUAGUAAAGUGAGUAACGAUGUGAGGUUAUACUGUUCUAGGCCCGGGGCUCGCUUAUGGACGGCGAAUUUCGAAGCCACUGUUCUUUCAACAUACCAGUUCAGAAAUUCCCUCAAUGUUCAAUCUUCAGACUUGAUCACCAUUGAAAGCGCCAAAGAUACGAGACUCCGUGUAACCAAAUUCGACGAAAUCGAAAUUUCAAAGGACUUCAACUUCUGCAAAGUCUAUUUGCUCUACAAAAACAUCAUAAUGACAUAUGACAAUAAGGGCAUUUAUUUCUUUAACGUAGAAAAGAACAAUAUCGUAUGCUGGUCGCAUGCAUUCGACAAUAUCAGGGACGUAAAAAUCUUGAAGCCACAUAUUUACGUUUGGAGGAACGAUCUUCAAAUCAACAUCAUAUCGUUGCAAUCUCUAGAGGAAAUAGUUAUUAACACGUUGAUCAGUAAACAGUAUUUGUUGUGUUCGGACUUGUGUGUACAAUUUAACGAAGAAGUUUUUGCUUUGAUUGAAAAAUCGAAGAAAAUCAAUCUCAUAUCUAUUUUGAGGACCAAGUUGAAGGAAUUAGAGGAAAACGAUCUUUUGGGGAAGAUAGAGAAUAUUUUAGAUAAACUAGACGAGUAUUACAAAGACCAAACAGUUGGGUUAAAGUUUGAAAAUGGUAUAGUCCUAGUUGAGAAUCAGUAUUCAGCGCAAGCUACAACUUUACCUGAAAAUAUUGAAAGUAAUUUUGAGAAUUUAGACACAAAUAAAGAUUUAAAGAUACUUUAUAAACAAUACGUACUUAACAAAACUCAUAAGCUAGCGGAAUUAACGGAGAGUAGCAAAAUUUUAACAAAUACCAAUUUAGAUGAACUACCCUCGUUAUUCGAGUCCUUUAUAAAGUACGUCAAAGACAAAAGCGAAGAAGAUGCAACGUUGUGGUGCAAAGAACAGCUAUUGAAAUUCGUUUCUAAAAGUUUAUACAACUUCGACCAACUUAAACCACCUACCGUUGAGGCGUUAAGUAGAUAUUUUUUAGAUUUAAAUAAUUAUAAAACCGAUUGUUGCAAAUGUGGUUUUCCUUUACCCAGAGCGCACAAAAGGAAACUAGACCAUUACAAUCUCGCGUCUAAAUUGUUUAAUUAUACCGAAAACAAACAAGAGUACUUAAACAACAUUCCUCUUUUGUACAAGAUCAAUGCUUGCGAAUUGGCAUUGAAUCUCGCUAAGAUUACCCAGUUCAGCGACAAGGAGGUGUUUAAAAAAGUCUUAUUUACAAUGACCUACGACAAGUGGGAUGACGUUAUAAAGUUGUACAUCAAACUAAGUCAAUGCCAGUGUUUGAACUGUACAGAGACUAUCGAUAUCGAUGGAUUGUUGACUUGGACGGAAUUGGGGAUGCUGAUGGUUGAAUCGAUAGGGCCGAAGAAUGCGAAUCGAUUGGUGACGAGGUACGCGCAAUACAUUCCUAAAGGAGAGUUGAAGCAGGAGUUUUACCAGAGCUGCUUGUUUUCUAUGACGUGCCCGAACCAGGGCGUUGCUGUCAAAUUCGUAGAGGAGGUUCGUGCUGCUGGAACCUCUAAAAUGCUUGGAGACUGCUUAGAACAAUUCCUGCAAAAGCAACAUUCCGGCCUGCAAUCGCCACACAAGAGUAUUACACCCGAUUCCAACAUAAAAUGUUCCUAUUGUCAAAUAUCUAUAAGCAAUCCAGUUCUGCGAGAGGUCAAACAUUGCGUUUGCGGGCAUUACUACCAUCAGGUCUGUUUUAAAAGUCACAGUAGCAUUUGUAAGUAUUGUGUAGAAGAUACCAACAGUUAGAUGUCUGUAAGAGUUAUAGCUAAGUCCAAAAAUAUUAGUUAGAACAGACAAAAGAUUCGAAUAGAAGAUUUUUGUUUAUUUGACAGUGGUGUCGUAUGUCUAAAGUCAUUAAAUUAAGAUUAUUUUAAAUAUUUUCAGUCAAUAGAAUUUCAAUUGGAUUUUUGAAAAAUACUUUUUAUAUCACUACCGGUAAGUUAUUUCAGUGAUAGGUUCACAUUUAACAAUAGCAUUCUAUAAAUGUGUAUCUAGGAUGUUUAGUGAAAGUUUAAAGAUUAUAAAAUUGCGGGAAAAUUAUAAAUUUUAAAGGGGCAACGAUAUCAAGUUUAGUGAUCAAAGUAUGCUACAUGAAGUAUAGUAGAACAGUGAAAAAUACGUGUCAGGUAUAUAGAGAAACAAUACACCAGUCUUUUCUCUCCAUGUACUCAUCAUCAUUCUCAUUGACUUUAUCCGGCUUCCCUUAUUGUAUUUCUCUGUAAGUUUCUAUCUUGCGUCAUUACAAUAUCAAUCCCCUUUAUCGAUAUGUCCUGCCUAAGGGUCUCUCCCAGGUCUUCCUCUCCUACCCUUUCCAGGAAUCCGCAGUUCUAAAUCCUCUCCUUCCUACUUCAUUCUCUGAAAGUCAUUUUGAGUAAUUUUAUCAAUUUCAUGCUAAAGAGCUUAUACCUGGUAUAUUGUUUCCAGUCUCAUCAAGUCUUUAUAAUAUGUACUUAUACACAAGCCAUCUAAGAUCCUCCAGACCAAGGUCCUUAGUCUUGUCUUCUACUUUUUAAAGCAUGCACAACUCUUUUCUUGUUUUCUAUAGAUAGUACGUAAAAUUAUCGGUAAAGCUAGAUAAUGAUGUUCAUUGCUGUACAAACCGAUUUGCACCGUGCCUCUUUCCCUACCUUUGUAAGUAGCUUUUUCAGCAGCUAGGCAAGAAUGUUGACCACAUUAACACAAAUAAUUGGAGCAUUGGGAAUUGAAAAUUGAAAGUUUUUCGAGCAAAUUCAAUACAUUCGCAAAGUAAUGCCAAACUAGGACGAUGUAAGAUGUGAGAAGAGAACCUAGUAAGCCUUCACUGUGCCUGAACAAUAUAUUAACACCUACAAAGGUGGCUAAAAAUUUUGACGGGUCUACUACUUCUUUCCAUUAACCUCAUUCUCGCAGGUAUGUGUAAAUAUUUUAGAACCUGGUACAUUCUAUUUCAAUCAGUGUGAUCAUAAUACUUUUAAAACUGUACAAACAAGACAUGUAGCACCAGUUUGUGAUAAGUAGUCUCGAGUUUCCUUGUGCAAAAAACUGGUCUGUAACGAUUUGUUCCUCUAAAUCUAGCUCGACAUUCUUCCAAUAUUGUUCAGUAUUAUUCAUGGAAAAAUAAUUUCACUAUAAAUAAAAUAAAAUUGUCAAAUGAUGUUGGAAAAUUAAUUGGUUGCCUAUUUAAAAUUCUUAACGUACGCCCCUGGACUGUUUUGUCACUGCGCAGCUGCAAUCUAAGUGCCAAGAUACUGUGGCAAAAGUACUUUAGAACCUAAGAACCAUUGUAACAUAUUAACAGAUAAAAAUCUGGUAGAUUAUACAUGUACGAAAGAGAACUUUUUUCUGUAUGUAUAGUAGAUUGUUCAAUAGGUUUUGUCAUUUGAUAAAAAAAUUAAGGAUUUUAUGACUGAAAUACAUUGUUGUGUUUCAAUCAUAAGCUUGUCAUGACGAAAAAGUUCUUUUAAAAUACCAUAGUUUGUCGGAUAAAACAGGGUCUUUCAUGUAUUAUUGUUUGAAAGGAGGAUAGUAUCUAUUAUAAAAAUUGUAUAUUCUGUGAUAUUUUGACAAAAUGAUUAUAAAUCUCAAUAAACAUUUUAAGAAUUA